AUGAUCAGCGAGGUUAGGCUUGGAGCCUUGGAACAACAUUUUUCCAGAAAAUCACAUGAUAUUACGUUUUACGAUAUACCUUGGUAUUGGAGUGAUAUGGAAAUUUAUAGUCAGUUAAAUGAAAAUGUAGGAUAUAUAGAGUACAUGAGAAUUAAACGAUGUCAUAAAUACAGGACGGUUAGGGCUACGCUGCGUUUUAGUAACGCGUAUGAACAAAUAUAUAAAAAUGGUGGCGUUAAUGUGUCUAUUACAAAAGGUGAACGUAAUUAUUUCUUUAGGAUGUUUGAUUCACGGUUGACAUAUAACCAAGUAAAAGAGAAAUAUUUUUGGCAAGCUAGUAAAAAACUAGAAGAUAGCGCUUUAGUCAGUGAUUAUACAGUUAUUAAAGAAUAUGUGAAAGAAUAUAAAGCAUUUUUUGGAAAAAAUCGUUAG